AUGGCACAAGAGGAUAAUGCCAAGCGGCUGGAAGAGGCGAAGAAGCUCAGCAAGAGUGACCCUGGCAAGGCAGAGAAGAUAUAUCAACAACUACUCUCGCAGAAGCCAGGCUCUAGCGACCGUGAGACUCGGGAAUUUGAGGCUGCGUUGAUAGGAUUGGGAGAGCUGUACCGAGAUCACAAGAGGCCGCAGGAUCUAGCGAUUCUAAUCCAACAAACACGAGAUGCUCUCACCAGCUUCGCUCGAGCGAAGACUGCAAAGCUGAUUCGCCAACUCCUCGACCUCUUCACGCCUAUACCCAACACAGUCGACACCCAAAUCUCCGUUACAAAGUCAUGUAUCGACUGGGCCGUCUCGCAACGCCAAGGUUUCCUGCGACAAAGUCUCGAGGUUCGCCUCGUGGGCUUGCACAUGCAAAAGCAGUCUUACUACGAUGCCCUCACUCUGAUCAACAGCUUGCUCAAGGAGCUCAAGCGUCUGGACGAUAAGCUGGUUUUGGUUGAGGUUCAAUUGAUGGAGAGCAAAGUCUACCACGCCCUUGGGAAUGUACCCAAAGGUCGCGCUGCCCUGACAUCCGCCCGCACCAGCGCAGCGUCUGUCUACUGCCCACCACUACUUCAAGCAGGCCUGGAUAUGCAGUCCGGUCAGUUGCAUGCCGAGGACAACGACUUCAACACUGCCUACUCAUACUUCAUCGAAGCUAUGGAAGGCUACCACUCACAAGACGACCCCGCAAAGGCAACGAGUGCAUUGCAGUACAUGCUUCUUUGCAAAAUUAUGCUCAACCUGAAGGACGAUGUGGAUAACCUCAUGGCGUCAAAGCACGCCAUUAAAUAUGCCGGCAAGAACCUCGACGCGAUGAAGGCGGUGGCGCGUGCUCACAACAACCGGAGUCUGGAGGAGUACGAGACGGCAUUACACAGCUACCGUUACGAGCUCGGUAGCGAUCGUUUCAUCGCAUCUCAUUUGCGACGUCUGUACGACAGCAUGCUGGAGCAGAAUCUGAUCAAGGUCAUCGAGCCCUUUUCACGAGUGGAGAUAGAUCAUGUUGCGGAGAUGGUGGGCUUGGAUGUUCAGCAAGUGGAACGUAAGCUUAGCCAGAUGAUUCUCGACCGCGUCAUCAUAGGUGUUCUGGAUCAGGGCACGGGUGUCCUGAUCGUGUACGAGGAGAGCGAGAAGGACAAGGGGUACGAGGCGGCACUCGACACCAUCGAGAAGUUGGGAGGUGUCGUUGACGUGCUCUACACCAAUCAGGCCAGUAUGCUUGAGUAG